AAACGGAUAGCCUCAGCUGUCGGCUGCUACGAACGGACGACUUGUUGCUCCGUUGCAGUUUGGGCGUCGUCGCGGGACGAGGUGCACCUGUACCGAUGAUGCAGCAGAGCAGGAGAUUGUGCGCGUUUAGUGACAUUGCAGUCUCCCGGAUUCUGGAAUACACUAACAGCAGGAUCUGCACAACCCGCGUCAUUCUAGCAACACCGCGAAGAAACGUUACAUACUACAGCCCUGCGCCCAGCACAAGAUGGUCACCGACCACUGUCAUGCGAAUUGCCCUCAACUGUCAUCGUGGGUCUCGGUCUCCAUGGCCGGUUAUGUCAAGCCGCUGGGUAAACACGUCGGGUGUUACCCAAGACCCGAGCCACCAGCACACUGUUCCCUGGCCCUACCUGGAGAGAACAAUCAACGUAAACACCUGCGCUGAACUCUACAGUAAAUGGCGCCGAGAGGGUCGUCCAGGCUACAAGAACGCGCCCGAACAAGGCGGCCUCUGCGUUCCCGUCUCCUACGUCCACACGGGCCUAGACCGCACAGAGAAAGAAGGAAACGUCAACAGCCAUCGCCGACCUGUGGUGGUUAUUGUCACAGGUGCCCCAGGCAGCUACCGGGACUUCGCCCAUCUCAUCCCGUUCCUGGACUGCAACGGAGUUGACGUCAUCUCGCCAGUUUGGCCAGACUUGGCAUUUAGUCGAGAGUCCGGCUGUUGGUGGCACUCUAGUCAAGAGAAGACCAAUCUUGCCUUGGAUUUUCUUGCUGCCAUCAAUGUUAGAGAGGUCGAUAUGCUCGUGGCACACAGCAGUGGCUCGUUUCCAGCCCUCAGGAUGAUCACCGUUCCUGGUGGACUCAAAGUGAAAGCCCUCACCCUCCUGGCACCAGCAGGACACAGAAGAAUUACAAAAAUGAAACCGUACUGGUUCACGGACAACCUUGGUCAUCUGUAUAAGCAUCGGUGGGCCCAACGACUUUGCGAAAAAUUGGGGUACGCGUACCUGACCAUCACCAGGCAUCCACUGAAAAAGAACAUGGACAAUGCCAUUUUGGCUAUGGACGCUAUGUUGUACGCUGACUACGACCAGUUGGCACGCGAUGCCGAAACUGUGAAGAAGAACAAGCUUCCCACCCUGGUGGCUGUCAGUGACAACGACAAGCUCAUUGACCUGGCCAUUAGCCUGGACUUCAUUCCACUACUUGGAGGAAAUGUAGACAAGACAUGGUACUACGACAAAGAGAGGAACCUUGUACGGGCAGGACAAGACACCCACGUACGGGCCCUACAGUUCUCCAAGGGCUCACAUUAUGUCUUCAGCCGCUGUGCUGAUGUCGUCAGCUAUGAGGUGCUAAGACUGCUUUCCUCAGUCCUUACGACGAAGGAAGCUACAGUGGAGACCGCAGAGAAGUCAGAGUCCAUAGUGGAACCGGACACCCAAAGCACCACCGAAACACACCGUGUGCGCCUUCGCCUUGGCGAGAUACGCUGAUGUCACUUUCCGUGUCGCACCUCAUGUGAUGGAAAUGUGAUCGUUAUCGGUGAACCUCAGAAUGCAGCUUACCGAGCAUUCCGACGCAGAUGUGGCCCAAAAUGUAGAAUAUUUAUGCCUCUGUCUGUGUGCUGAUGAAAAGCUAUAUUUUCGUGUCUACUUUUCUGUUUUGUCUAAAUAUGACGUGUUAUCGCACAUGUAACCAGUCUUUUCGAAAUUGGUUUAUGCGAGUGCCUCAUGCAUGCAGAUCACAUCGUCUGAUGCGUUAUUUGACUCUUUCUUGUUUCUUCCUUUAUACCGUAAUUUCACGCAUAUUAGCCGCGGCUUACGCACAAUUUUUUUUUCUCACGGGUGCUCUGCGGCUUGUCCACCGGAGCGGCUUAUCUGAUGACUAUUUUUCUCUGGUGUUUUCCCCGUGCGCCGGUUUUAACGAAAGGUCCGACAGCGUCUCUGGAACAGCACCGCCCUGCCACUGACUCAUCGAUCCAUGAAAAACACACAACAAGGGCACAAUCUGAUCUUGGUAGAAAACUGGAACUGACCUCCUUUGUUGUACACCAGGCCAACCCCAGAGCAUGGACCACAGGGUUUAUGGCCUUCUCUAUGGUCUCCUUUCUCGCACAAAUCAGUCGCUUUGUAUUGCCUGCGGCUUAUCUGCGAAUGCGGCUUAUCUGCCCAAAAAUUUUCAAAACGUUCUUAAAAACGGGUCCUGCGGCUUAUACGCGUGAAAUUACGGUACAUUCGGGACACAAUGAGCGUACCUGAGCACAAACAAGCAGUUAUCACCUCUUCAUUCCUGUCCCGGAGCAGCCUUGUUUGUGCUUUGUACGACAACUUCUCAGAUGUGCUGCUCUUUCAUGUUUUGUUUGAAUGUUGUACAAUAUGUCUCUAUCUGCACACGUUGUCAAGACACAGACGCACACAGAUGCACUUGUGGUAAGCUUACUGACAGCUGUGCUAUGUUUUAAUCACGCUGUACUUUCCCUUUUUGUUCACUUGGGAAAAUUCGCAUAGAAAUGUAUAGCACGAUUGAAUGUCACUAGCAGUGUUUUUCCCGGUGAUCUGAUACUCAUACUGCUCAAUGGAUGCUGACUCUGCUUUUCUUAUGGGUGCUUUUCUUGAUUUUGUUUUCAGUUAGCCAAACAUAAAAAGAGUAACACUCCAAAUUUGUGACAUUAAAGGACAGAAAAGCUG